AUGCGCAUCAGUGUCGACUUCAAUUCGUUCUCACUUCAUUCUCGUUCCAACCAGGUUCUGGAUAUAAAAAGGCCGAAUCGGUUCCAUACGGACCAUACCUUUCAGAAUCCCCCGAGCUGCAACCAACCGCCAUCAUGCCUGCUGAUGGGCUUGCUGCGAUUCCCACUCUGGAACAAAAGCACAAUGCUGUGCCGGCGCGCCUCUUGCAUAAGGCACGUCGAGCCAAGGGCCGUAUCCAAGACAUUGCAACCAAGCCACUACGGCCCCGACAACGCUGGCCCGUGGUACCACAAGGAAUCGAGCGAUCGCGGUUUUUUCUCGCUCUCGAUGAGCUUGCAAAGGAGCUCGGUAAUGAUCACGUCGAAGUCAACGACAAACCGCUUGAUGAUGGCUGGUACAUGGAGCGUAAGUAAUCCUGACUGGGACACCGCCAGCAUAUUCUGA